AUGGAUCUGACCCAUUUGAAAGGUGUCACUAUUUAUCCAAAGUCACUGAAUGAAGAUUACUAUGUUGCUGAACCAAAUGCAGUAAAGAUGGUAACUUCCAUCCUUGUGAUCUUCUUCCUAACUCCAUCUCUGGCCCUGUUGAACACCAAAGACAGCUUUCUCCUCGAUGGAGCUGAUGGGACUCAAAUCAUCCAGGUUGACGCUUCCCGAGGUAUAGUCAGCAUCCGAGACAACAAUGCAUUUAGUGAAUGGGAUGGAAUCUUGGACUACAAAAAUAACCUCUUGGUAGCUAAGCUGUUUAGCAAGAUGGUUUGUGUGCUGGCUAAGAUGGACCAAGCCAUCUUCCCAAGUUUGGAUGACAUCAGCAAGGCCCUGGAAAAGAAGGCUUCCAGUCAUUACCCAGCCACCCAUGGCUUGACCUACACUGUUAUACCCAGCCGGGUAAAGAAUUUAGCCCAGUAUGGAAUGCCCAUCAAGGACUUGUGCAGAGCAGUCCCUGCCUACUUUGCCCAGCAGCAAAAAGAAGGUACUGCCUUGGCAGUGGACCCUAAUUCGUGUUUUGAGGUCCAGCUUUUGUCCUUUAUGGGAAUCUCCAUCUGUGGUGAGAUUUCUGGACUCUGACCCUGUUAGUCAACUAUAUGAAGAAAACACUUGCCUGGCGUGGCUGCUGGCUGGGCUGGGGUAGGUGCCCAGGGACCUGGUCUACCUUCUGCCUAUGAGAAGCUGCUCAUCUCAGACCUCUCCCUUCUGCCUUUCUAACCCAAGAGAGAACAA